AUGAAAUCCUCUGUGAGAAGUGAUGAAUUAAAUUUGAUGAGGAAAAUAAUAUGGUUAAUGAUAAAUAUAGUAUUUUGUAUUUUUUUGUGUCAUAUUUUAUUUGUAUGGGCUGCUUGUGAUAUGCAUCUACCACUAUUUUUAAUUAGUGGAAUACCAUCACUUACCAGAUCAUUUUUUAAUGUACCAUGGAUUGACUAUGAAUUAUCAUUAUUCAAUAAAAUUAUUUUUAAUGCUCUAUUAUUUUUCAUAUUUGGUUUUGUACAUACCUAUUUUGCACAAGAAAAAAUUCAACAUUCAAUGAAUCAAUUAUUUCCAAAACCAACAUUAAGAACAGUUUAUUUAUUGUUUGUUUGUAUAACAAGUUGGUUAAUUAUUGGAUUAUGGCAAAAUACACAAAUACAAUUAUGGGAUUUUCUAAAAAGUUUAAUGUUAACAGAAAAUCAACGUGACAGUAUCCUAUUGAUUAUUUUUAUUUUAAUUGUGCUCCCAGGUGAGAGAGAAUAUACAAAAACUAUCUAG